AAGAAUAUUUAUAUAAUCUUUUAUUAGUUACAAUUUGAUAUGUAGGGAUUUAUUAGUAAAUAUGAUGUGGAAAGAGAGAGAGAGGGAAAGAGAAGUGAAGGGAAGGCCAACACGUGUUCUCGGGUAGUCAGUGUUGUUAUUUACGUCAAAAUGCCGAAGUCAAAGAAGACAAGGAAGUUUGCUGUCAUGAAGAGAAUGAUCAACUUAAAUGAUCCUAGAUUGAAGGAGGAGGACCGCAAGACCAAAAAAGUAAAAAAACCUGACCCGCACGAACAGAAGGUGAAUGAGGCGCCACAGUACUCGUCUGCGCUGUUCUUCGAGUACAACACCCAGCUAGGUCCUCCAUACCGCAUCCUAAUCGAUACCAACUUCGUUAACUUUGCCAUCAAGAACAAAGUGGAUAUUGUUUCUGGGAUGAUGGACUGUCUGUAUGCCAAGUGCAUUCCCUAUGUGACGGAAUGUGUACAAGGAGAAUUGGAACGUAUGGGAGAGAAAUACCGUCUGGCACUGAAGGUUAUCAAGGACUCUCGCAUUGAGACUCUGCCAUGUCUUCAUAAAGGAAUAUAUGCCGAUGACUGUCUUGUUCAACGUGUCACACAGCAUAAGUGUUAUAUCGUGGCAACCUGUGAUAGAGACUUAAAGAGAAGAAUACGCAAGAUCCCUGGUGUUCCCAUCAUGUGUGUCAGCCAACACAAGUUUGUCAUAGAGAGGAUGCCAGAUGCACCACAGAUGUAACACAAGCUUAUUCUGAUUUCUGUUACUUUAGACUUCUUCAUAAAUACUAAUAGUACGCAAAGUUGGUUAGUAUUACAUGUCAAGGAUUCCAGUGUCACUUUUGACCAGGUAUGUCACUUUAUGUAUGUUCAAGAAGUGACAGGUGGAGUGCUUGUGGUGUAAGAGUAAAUGGAAUUUUCAUAAAGAAUUGAAGUAGGAAGCCUCACUCGUCUUCACCGGGUUUGGGUUUUAACUUACAUACAUUUUAUCAGUUUCUUGGCAUUUAAAUGUGUUCAUAACUGCAGAAAUAAAUAAAGUAAAUAUUUUGUGUAGGUUGAAUUUUGUAUUGAUCAACUUUGAUAAAAUAAUCAGACCAAGUAGUUUUCUAGAUGCCUUGGCUUCCAGCUUACAAUGAAAACUCUUUUGGGGUGUAAGAAAUAAAUGCAAAGAUCCAGACUUGUGAUACAGUAUUUGGUCGAGUUUGUAUUUACUCAGAAAAUAAAAAUUUCCUGCCAAGUAAA